UCCUAUAAUAUUUUGGCUAGCGAAUGUAAAUAUUUCCUCAAGCCCAAAGCUUUUCAGCCCAAUUCAAUACAUUAGAAUUUGAUAGCUGUUUAUAAGGAUUAGGGUUUUACGUAUGGCUGCUUCUUCUCUUCUUCAACCUCUCGAACCCUAAUUUUGAAGUUUGAGUUUCUCUUCACUCAGCAAACAUGGGGAAGACACGUGGUAUGGGAGCUGGACGCAAGCUGAAGUCCCACCGUAGAAGACAGAGGUGGGCUGACAAGUCCUACAAGAAGUCCCAUCUUGGAAAUGAAUGGAAGAAGCCAUUUGCUGGGUCAUCCCAUGCUAAAGGCAUUGUUCUUGAGAAGAUAGGUAUUGAGGCUAAGCAGCCCAAUUCUGCUAUUCGUAAAUGUGCUAGGGUUCAAUUGAUCAAAAAUGGGAAGAAGAUUGCUGCAUUCGUUCCUAACGAUGGUUGUUUGAACUACAUCGAAGAAAACGAUGAGGUGUUGAUUGCAGGAUUUGGUCGAAAGGGUCAUGCUGUAGGAGAUAUUCCUGGUGUCAGGUUCAAAGUUGUGAAGGUUUCUGGUGUUUCUCUCUUGGCUCUCUUUAAGGAGAAGAAGGAGAAACCAAGAUCUUAAUUUUGCCAUUUUGCCAAGAUACUGUUGCCAUGGACUUCUAGUUUUCUUGAGUAUGUACUUUGUGAGCAACCAUCUUUAAUGUAGUCACAUUGCACUGAAAUUUUGGUUCAUUUCUGUUGUUACCUAA